AUGUCGAGAAGGUCAAAGGAUGCACUUGAAGAUUGUCAACGUGCAUUGUCACUAGACCCGUCAUCACUUAAAGCAUUGCUUCGUGGCGCAAAAUGUAAUUUUGUACUUGGUAAUCUUUCAGAGGCGGAUCGAUUGUAUACAAGGGUAUCGAGUGUGGAACCAAAUUUACAGGAAAAUUCAGAGUAUAAACAAUUACGUCAGGUACAAAAUUACAUCUUUCAGGCAGAAACAUAUUUAGAAAAUGCACAGUACGGAUUGGCAAUAAAUGCGAUUGAUAGAGCCGUGUCUCCGUUAGAGGUAAUUCCUAAUAAAUUGAAGAUAAUGAAAGGAGAAGCAUUAUUAGGACAAAAAGAAUAUGCCGAGGCAACCAGAAUAGCAAAUGAAGUAUUACGUGGCGACCCUAGAAAUUCCGAUGCACAUGUAUUACGAGCGCGAAUACUAUACAUAGAAGGAGACAAUAAAAAGUCCAUUGCUCAUUGUCAAGAGGCAUUACGUUUUGAACCUGAUCAUUCAAGUGCCCGUGUUUUGCGUAAGAAAGCUCAACAAAUUGAGGAUCAGAAAAAUGCGGGCAAUGAUGCAUUCAGUAGAGGAGAUUAUUUUGUCGCGUGUGGACUUUAUACUUCCGCCCUCGAGGUGGAUCCGACAAAUACCAUCACAAAUUCUAAAAUAUAUUCGAACCGAGCUCUUGUAUUGAUGAAACAAGGAAAAUACGCGGAUGCCGUAAAGGAUAUGGACAAGGCUCUGGAGUUGGAUCCGACUUUCAUUAAAGUUUUGCGGCGACGUGCCGAUGCAUACUUAAAACUAGAAAGGUAUCAGGACGCUGUGAACGACUUGAGGGCGGCAAUGGAUCUCGACAGCAGCAAUCGGGAGAUUCGCAGGGAACUUCAGAAUGCCGAACGAGAAUUGAAAAGGGCGUCACGUAAAGAUUAUUAUAAGAUUCUUGGAGUGCCAAGAGAUGCAUCUGAAAUUGAAAUUAAGAAGGCCUAUCGUAAAUUAGCGCUCCAACAUCAUCCGGAUAAGAAUUGCGGUGAUUCCGAUGCUGAAAUCAAAUUUAAAGAGAUUGGCGAAGCAUACGCUAUUCUCGGUGAUCCCAUGAAAAAACAACGAUAUGAUUCCGGUGUCGACCUCGACGGCAUGAACGGCGGAAUGAAUUUUGAUUCCGUUGAUCCAAAUCUAUUCUUCCAAAUGUUUAUGAACGAAAAUUUUGCCAGCGCAGGUGGUGGCUCCGGAGGCUUUCGUACACAUACUUAUCAUUUUGGAUAA